AACGUUUACGGCGUUGCGGUAGUCGACGUUUUUGGUUUUGGCUCAGUGAACUCAUCUUUUCUCGGUAUUAUACACGGUAAACUGACAAGUAUAACUUAGCUACUCGUCGCGCACGAGAUAUAGAAAUAUUUUUUUUCACCCCGCGCGCACACGUACGUGCCUACCUUCCCUCGGACGACGUUACGAAAUUGUACAUAACGCGCGGAAAAGAAUGGGAAAAAGAUCGUCCGUUUCGUCGACGAUUUACGAUCGGCAGUGUCCACCGUGCCACGGGAUCCCUCUAUUUAAUACUUUAACGGGCAUGAAUUUCACGUGGAAAGCGUGAAACUUUAUUACGUAGUAGGUAUAUCCGUGGGUAUUAUAUGGGUGGGGAAUACGUCGCCCGCCGACACCGCCGCGCGUCUUUUCGUCGACUGCAGUUACAACGUGUGAUUGCGUCACGGUGGCUGACCGCAUCUGUGGUCAGACCCCUCGACAAUGCUUUAUAAUACGAACUGCUACUACCCGCCGCGGUUCGCCUAUGCAGGUCAAAUCUCAGUCUUCUCUCUAUGCGGUGUAAUUUAUAUACAUUUAUGUAUAUAUACAUACCUACCUAUGUACCCACAUGGGUGUAUUUAGCUGCGAUAUGUGAACGAUGCGUGCCGGAAACUGUCCAGAUCCCCUCGACCCGGCAAACCCGGCAGACAUUUAAUAAGUCCAUGGAAUAUAAUGGAGGAUAAUAUUCAUAUUCCAUGUUCACCGAUUCGAAGUUAACCGACGAUGAAUGUUAUUUCAAGGGCUGUUUGAUGAGGAUCCGAAGUCUGAAUUUCAUUCAAAAUAACAGUCGAUAGGUUUAACUGGAAUUACGGAAUUUAGUUACGUGCAAUAAGGUUGUGGAAAGAAAAGGAGAGGAAAAGAAAAAAAAAAAGGCAUCUGUGGUCAGUUUGCGGGUUGUUUUUCGUUGCCAUAAACCCUCGUUAAGUCGGACAGCUGUAUUUACGAUGUGACGGACAAUGUGCAGACGCGACGACAUCUUCCACCAAUCCAUAUAGGAUAUACACAUAAUCUAGAACCUGAUCCCAGCUCGCUCAAUAUUUCAAAAAAUUUAAGAACCGGGCUUAUUAGAGGCUUACAAUUAAAGCUGCCGAACUGUACGCAGAUAAAUUUUACUAACAACUUCCUGUGCUUGCAGAACAAUAAUUUUCACAUAAUGAGAAGUGCUAUCUGGAUCGGACUGUUAUACACAUCUUUGUGUAUAUCGGAAUGGUAAUAAAAAUGGAUGUUGCUUCCGUUUUCGGUCGGACGAGAAUAAUUAAACCGUGAUUUGUGUUGUUGAAUUUUGGUUGAACUUGAAAAAAAAAAAAAAUAUGGAAAAGAAAAGUUUCAACCCUGCGACGCGCGUCAGGAAUCCGAAAGGAUGCUGUAUCCGUAUAACCGCGCAUGCACUGGGCGUUUGUCGGUAUGAGACCUUUAUAAAACCAUGUUUAUAAAAACUGAAAAAAAAAGGGAAGAAAAAGGCAAAAAAUGUAACGAAAGAAGGAGAGAUGAGGAAAAUCUGGGAUAGGACGCAGGACACUUUGGCAUAAAAUAUAAAAGUCUCGGCCUCCCAGGAGAGUCGGAGGCCGCGGCAGGCCUGCCUAAUAAUUCUCAAGGGGCGUCACGACGUGUUCGUGUCAGAGCGUCGCGACGCCCGCGUCCGUCUUCGGCCGACGGUGAACGGGGCCUCCGACACAACCGAAAUUUUACUAUCGCACGCCGCACACCUACAACAAAACUAACUGCGGCUAUAAAGCCCCAGGUUUAAAACCCCGCCCCGUGAUCACCAAUCACUGUAUACGCGAGUAGCAGCCCAGUUGUAACGGAGUCGGUGUAGCUGAAAUUCGACACUCUUGUGCAAUGCGAUAUUAGCCGCUUCAAACCGUAGAGCGAACCUUAUGGAAAGCGAUACGGGCGCCGGCGCCAAGGAUCGCUGCACUUCUGAGUCUUCAAUUUUCUGACUAUCCGGUUCCUCCUUCAGAUCCGUUGAAUUUUACAAAUCUUCAGGGAAAGAGGAAUUUUCCUCCCCCCCGUCAAGAUCGUACUUUCGACGAAUCUCGUCGACGUUCGCGAGAAAGCUUCGUUUGAAGAAAAUAAAUGAGUUCAAAAAUUGGGGAAAAUUUCGCGGAGAGCUUUCGCUACUUCGGAAUGAAAACAUAUUUCGAUUCAGAUAUGAGCCUGAGAUUUUAAUUUUUCCAAUUUUUCAGGUACGUUGCAAUGAAAAAUUGCGCUUGUGACCGAUACUGCUCGAAGAAGAUGAGAUUGCAAAUAUCACGUGACGGGAAUAGAGAAAAAACAGAAAUCAUGGAAAAUAUGGCGGGUGUUGAAAGAUUUGGAAAAUUCGCGGAUGACGAGAGGCGAGGUGAUUCGAAGAUGUGGGCGAAGAGCGAUGAUAACCGUUUGAAACGGAGUAUCGUAUUGAGAAGAUGGUGAAACCAAUGGGCUCUAAUGAGGGUGGAGCUUUGGUCGAAAUCUCCACCUACUCUUAAAAUGCUCUAUUUCUUCCCGAGUUAAGACCGACUUAACUUCAUAAGUCAGUUGGCAUCUUGCCGCUUCGAAUGGACCACAUAAUUCCGGGGCGUACUAAGGAGCUAAUUGAAUUAGGAUUUCAAUAAUUCAAUUACCCAUGAAAUAUAUCGCCGAACUAAUUUCAUUACAGAUUAUAUAUUAUUUUCGUUCAAAACGCGUUGUAUGUAUACGGUUUGGAUAUGAUAUUGCAAAUUUUUAUUCAAUUCAUCAUCACCUCUGUACGCAUAGAGGAGUUAUUAAACUGUAUGGAAUGUAAAAAUAAAUAAAAAUCAAAAAAACUUUCUUCGUUUUUCCGAUGUUAUUCGCUUUAUGAAUUGUGCGCGUUUUGGUUUUUUUCCAACUUGGUAAGCGAUAUUACCAAGAAAAUGUAAUUUUUCUUACACGCCAGUAUAUAUACAGUGAAAAAUUCAUGAACCGCCUAUACAUACGCUGACCGUAUAUACGACAUCGAAUAUAUAUAAAAAAAAAAAGAAUCAUCAAACCGUGUUAACAACCAUCUUAUACUAAACGGAGAUAAUAAAUUAUCAUUUUUUACGACGCGCGUGCUCAAACUAACGUGAAGUGGGUUUUAUAAAUUGGAACAAAAACGUCGUCUCUGCUGCAGCCGCAUAGUGUAUAAAAACUUUAUAUAUAAUACCGGGAAAAACGAUUCAAACAAAAAAAAAUAUCUAAAAAAUAGGUGAAAAACAAAAAGGACGCAUGCAUAUAGUCGUACGCGGUGAACCGAUAUUAUGUUGAACUCUGUAGAGUCCGCACUGGCGAAGAUCGUCGCCAAUGACGUGAAUUUAUCAACUAAUCCUCUGCACGCACCCCAAGAUUUUACGGUUUCUCGUUUACUUUCCACACCAAGUCAAACUGUACAGAGCUGCAGCGGCGAUUCCGCUUCCAACGCGAGUCGAAGGCCCCGAAGAAGUCGCACGACGUUCUCCGCUCAACAAUUGGCAGCCCUAGAAAGAGUAUUCGAACGAACACAUUAUCCCGAUGCUUUCGUACGAGAAGAACUUGCCACCAAAGUAUCACUGUCGGAGGCUAGAGUUCAGGUCUGGUUUCAAAAUCGGAGGGCUAAAUUCCGAAGGAACGAAAGAAGUUCAGCAAUAAAUCGAGGGGUGGGAACUACAAAUUCGCGAGAAAUGGAAACUAUGUUACCACUGCGCCCUAUCAGAAUGACUCACUCUCACGAUAACGGGGUAGAAACACUUGCCCAGCCACCACAAGUGCCGCAAUAUCCGUAUGCAGAAUAUUGGAGAUCACCGCAAACCUACGCGACUAUACAACCCUCUACGAACUGCCACGGGUUCGUUAAUACCAAUAUUGGAGUGCCUUAUCAUCAAGAAUCACACGCCGCGCUCGACACCUCAUCGAUAAACACUUUGAAUGCUCUUAGAUUAAGGGCGCAUACUUAUGGAACACCUUACUCUGGUAUGCACGCCAGCAUGUGAUAGUAAAAUUAACUAUUAUUCUUGAAUAAUUACCAAUCUACGAAUUGAUUUUUAUUCAAAAUCUCUCCCAAGUAACAUUAGACUUUUGACACUGAUGUAGGCAUAUACCGUGCAUAUUGUAUUUUUAUAAUUGCGUAAGAACAAAUCUGACUAUAUACAGGAUAGAAACCGACUUCUAGAAUUAAUUUUCUAAAAAAUAUUUGCUAUUCUAUUGCUAACUGGACGGAAAACUUCACUUUCUCAGUCGAAAAUCAUUAUUUUGUUUCUGAG